UGCCCUCCCCCACAUCCUGUGUGUUUUUGCCAUGGUCUGCCUGGGCCGCGCUCCAGCCCCGGAUGUGGGUGACUGUGACAGGUGCUGGGCCCCAGGGAGAACGUCACAAACAUGUAGCAAUCGCCUGGCCGCUGCUGGAGGGGAGAGUGGCUGAGCGCUGGCUGCGCUGCCCGUAGACCUGCCCGGGGCUAGCUCACCAUGUGGGGCCCUGCCCUGCCCUUCCUCUGCCUCCUCAUUGACGCUGUCUCCGCUCAGGGACAGGGGCCGUGUGGGGAUUGCUACCAGAUCCAGACGCCCGUCAUCGUCGGCGUGGUAAUCGGCGACCUCAUCUUCACCCUGUUCCUCAUCGCUGGGGUGUAUCACUGCACCAAGCGCUGCGGCAAACCCACGGGCAACAGCGAAGACCAGAAGGUUUAUAUGAACAUGCCUGGAAGAGUCAACUGACCCUCCCCCCCACUCCCACCCCCACCACCUAGCUGAUCCCACUGCAAACACCAUCCUCACCACCGGGAGAUCGACAUUCUCCGCAGAUACCAGCACUUCCUUGCCCCAACACAUGGGACAUGGGGCCUUUCCCCUCUAGGAGGCGCCGGCUCCGAUCUGGCCCCAGGGUGCGGACUGGCUGGCCCACAGAGGCGGAGAAUGGGACAUGGGGCCUUUCCCCUCUAGGGAGGGCUGACUCCAAUACAGCCCCAGAUCGGGGGACUG